AUGGCUGCGGCCGUUGCCCCUCGCAAGUGCACUGGCGUCGAAUGCCCCAACGACGCGGGGACCUUGCAGUGUCCGACCUGCUUGAAGGCGGGCACGGACAGCUUCUUUUGUUCGCAGGAUUGCUUUAAGCGCAGCUGGGGUUCCCACAAAGCCAUCCACAAACCCAAGAGUAAUACUAUCCUGAGCAACAUUUUCACUCCGAAAGUAGUUUCUGAACCAGAUCCAGCUACCGGUCAAUACAAUCCGUUCCCAACGUAUCCUUUCACCGGAUCUCUGCGCCCAGUUUACCCCCUUUCGUCGCGUCGUCCAGUCCCUCAGUCCAUUCCACAUCCCGACUACGCCAACGAUGGCAUUCCGCGGUCUGAACAGAAGUUCGUCGGGCGCCAUAACGUCGCCAUUCUCAACAAGGAAGAACAGGAAGGCAUGAGAAAGGUUUGUCGCUUGGCGAGGGAAGUGUUGGAUCUAGCGGCGGCGGCAGUCAAGCCAGGUGUGACCACAGACUACAUUGACGAGGUUGUCCACAAGGCUUGCAUGGAACGUGAAUCAUACCCCUCACCUCUUAACUACGUCCAUUUCCCUAAAUCGGUGUGCACUUCCGUUAACGAAACGAUCUGCCAUGGUAUUCCGGACCAGCGACCUUUGAAAGAUGGCGAUAUCGUGAACAUUGACGUUACUUUGUACCAUGGUGGCUUCCAUGGAGACUUGAAUGAGACGUACUAUGUGGGUGAUGCGGCCAAAGCCAACCCAGAGGCAGUCAGAGUUGUCGAAACGGCCCGAGAAUGCCUCGACAAGUCCAUUGAGCUAGUCAAGCCAGGCAUGCUGUUCCGGGAUCCAGGAAAUGUCAUUGAAAAGCACGCCAAAAGCCGCAAUUGCAGUGUUGUCAAAAGCUACUGCGGCCAUGGAAUCAACCAGUUAUUCCACUGUGCGCCGAACAUCCCGCACUACGCCAAAAACAAGACCGUCGGUGCGGCAAAGCCAGGAAUGUGCUUUACAAUUGAACCUAUGAUCAAUAUCGGUACGCACAGAGACAAGACCUGGCCGGACGACUGGACGAGUGUAACGGCGGAUGGUUCCCUGUCCGCGCAGUUCGAGCAUACUCUUCUCGUGACCGAGGACGGCGUAGAGGUUCUUACAGCCCGACUACCAGAGUCACCCGGUGGCGCGAUUCCUAUACCGGAGCCGUCUCAGCCGGCAGAGGCGGCGGCAUGA